AUGGAUACUCAAGAAAUUAACACAAAUCCACAGUUUCCAAAUCUAGAAAUUCUUCCGAAGAUGUCGACAAAGAAAGAAAUAGCAGAGAAACGGAUCAAACAAUUGCAUCUAACACCUGGAACCAUCUUUAUGAAUCGAUGGAGUAUUGAGGGAAUGAUCGGAAGUGGAGGUUAUGGACAGAUAUUUCUAGCGAUGGACACGAAGAAAAACGAGGUACGGGCGGUGAAGAUCGAGCCGAAGAUGCGGAUGGAAAUGAUAACGAGACGAAUGAUAAUGGAGAUGGAUGUGAUGCUGAAAAUGCAGGGAAAACAGCAUGUUCCAUUGGUUUACUCAUCCGGAUAUAACAAUGAAUUCAAUUUCAUUGUGAUGCAAUUAUUGAGUGAAAAUAUUGGAGAUAUUCGGAAGAGAAGUCCGGCAGGGAGGUUGAGUAAAGAGACGGUCGGGAGGAUUGUGUAUCAGACGGUGAAUGCGUUGAAAGAUAUUCAUGAAAUGGGUUAUGUGCAUAGGGAUGUGAAGCCUGCCAACAUUUGUUUCGGGUGUCAUCAACAGGUAUGGAGUUGGGAAAAUGGGAGGAAAAUGAUGAGCGUUGCUUCUAUUCGAUUUGGGCAAGCUUCAGAAUUCUUGAGAUUACCAUUGCUUUCAUAUUCAACGACACCAAUAUCUCAGAACCGUCACAUCCUCUAUCUCCUUGACUUCGGCCUUCUCCGUCGCUUCAAAACAGACGCUGGCAUCCGAAAACCGAGUCGCCCGAAUGCUGGAUUCAAGGGAACCGAACGAUAUGUAUCGGUUCGUGUUCAUGAGAAACUGGAACAAACGCCAUGGGACGACCUGUUCUCUGUAAUGUAUUCGGCUUAUGAACUUGUGGUUGGAGAGGUUCCAUGGAGACAUUUGGAGGAUGUUGAGGAGAUUUAUGCGGUGAAGAAAUUGAUGAAUGAACUGAACAACAAUGGGGAAAUGUUUAAAGAUAGUGCAAGUGUUCUCAUUGAUUUCCAUAAAAUGUUAGUUGAGUUGGAUCCGAGUGUUGAUCCACCGUACGAGAAGUUGAUGAAUUGUGCGAAAGUUAUGUAUCAACCGAAGGAAUUGAAUGAUCUGUAUGAUUGGGAUGAGGGAUUCAAGCUGACGUUGAGUGAUGAAAAAGAUUAA